GGUGGAGCGGAUUCCUGGCGCACUGCAGAUUGCGGCUGCUCUCACGAUGCCUCCAGACCUGGAGCCACAGGCGCAGAUGCCAAACAGCAGCACGGUGCCAGCACAGGAGGCGGGUCCUCAAGAGGGGCCUCUCCGCCCUGAAGUGGGCCGUCGCCAUGCGGCGCAUGCAGACGGACGCCAUGGCAACGGGGAGGCGUGCCGCUCUCCUGUCUCGGUGCUUCGGUCAUUGGAAGGCCUGUUUCGAGCAGAAGCGGUGUUCAGCCCUCAGGCCCCGGCGGGACUCCGAUGCGAACGUGGAGGCGUUGAGGAGACGGCUUAUCCAGCCCAGCGACGGCCUGGUCCUCAGGAUGGCCUACUGUGCCUGGAGGAGGCACUUCCAAGGCCUGGAGCUGCUCAGGGCAGCUCACAUACACUACCAUCUGACUCUGCUCUUUAAGCACUGGCUGGAGUGGAGGAGGCGGAAGAUGAUGAGGGAGUCCAGGGUGCAGCUGGAGCAGCAGGCUCAGCUUCAUCAUGAUGCCGGGCUGAAGGGACGGGCCCUGAUCACCUGGAGAUCAGCCUGGGACAAAGCGUGCCAGGCCCAGGCCCAUCACAGGGCCUUAUGUUUGGCUGCUGUGUGGAAGAGGUGGGCGGAGCUCGCGCGGAGAACACAGGCGAGGCUGCGGCAGCAGAGGCGGAGCGAGGGGCUCCACCAGAGGGCGCUGUUGGGGCCCUGCCUCAGUCGCUGGAGAGCCGGAGCGGAGCAGCACCGCAGCGCGAGGGACAGACAGAACAGGAUCGCCAGGAUGGCUGCUCUGCGCUGGAAGGGCACUGCAAGGAGGAGGAGACUGGCUCGGCUCUGCUGCAAGGCAGAGCAACUGCUGGCCAAAAGGACCUUAUCCGCCGCCUUUGGGAAGUGGUGCCAGGCGAGGUCCUCGGCUGCCCUGGAGCAGAGGCUGGUGCAGCGAGGUCGCCACCUGCUGGCCAGGAGGAGACUGCGGGCUGCGUUCGGCGCCUGGCGCCGCGGCUGUCGCGCGAGGAGGGCAGCCUGGGCUCUUCUGGAGAGAGCGCGGAAAGCUCGGCUCUCCCGGUGCCUGUGGCGCUGGAGGGAGGCUGUUCAUCGGAGAUCAGCGUGGCUGCGCUGCCUCUCCAGGCGCAGGGCCCUCUCUCUGAGCGGCUGCCUGCAGCGCUGGAGGCAUGCGCUGGAGCUGCGCCGCCUGGGCGUCGCAUUCAUCACCCGCGCCUCCCCGCGGAGACGACGGCGCGCCCGGGGGAGACGGCGAGAGCUGAGGUGGGGGGUGGAGCUGUGGGGGGAGUCUGAGCCAAUAGCAUCACCCCAGUGGAGAGCCCACUGCUCAUUGGACCUGCUGCUCCAUCAGGCCUUUCACACCUGGAAGGACAGCACACACAACCUGCAGCUGGCCAGAGUGUACCAUUUGACUAAGGAGCUCGAGCAGGUGAGGGCGGCCCUGCAGAACUGGCACAGGCUGGCACAGCAGGCCCUGGAUGCCCAGGUGCACAGCUUCUGCACCCAGCUGGCCCAGCUGGACUCCGCCCCCUUUCUGGGGUCUGACAGCACCCCUCCCAUCUUCCUGUUCCUGGGAACCUCUGUCGGAUCAGAGCAGGCCCUGGCAGUGACAGAGAGGUGCAGUGACCGGGGGGAACCGGUGCAUGGCGGGGCACACCCAGUGUACCACAGUACCGAACUCAGAGGCUGCACCCCCUGCUCCUCCUGGCAGACUGAACAAGACCGCCCCCUGCUGGCCUCCCCUCCGCCGGGCACUCACGCAGCCGGAGUGCGGGCGCAGCGCGCGGACCGCCCCCCGCCUCCCGGAACCUUCCGUCCUCCUGAUCAAAGCGGCCCCGCUCACAAUGGCUCCCCCAGAUUAAAGACUGUGGCGGUCAGCGCGCUGGGCAGGAUCAGGCGGGGCCCCGUCGCCGUGGCCUUCUGGCAGUGGAGGGCGCUGGUGAGGGUGCGCAGGGGUCAAAGGGCGCUGCUGGGCUCGGUCCGAGAGGUCCGGACCCGGGCGGCGCUGAGCCGGGCCUUCCGUACCUGGAGGACAGGGAUGCUGGAGCACGCAGCUGCUCACAGACACUGGGAGAGAUCUCUGCGGUCUCGCUGCCUGGCACAGUGGAGCGGGGCUGCGUGUCUCCGGAGGGGAAAGGCCAUUUUGCGGAGGGAAGCCGAACGCUUUCACACCCGCAGUCUGCUCCUUCGCUGCUUCUCAACAUGGCGGAGAAGGGGGAGAGUGAAGCUCGCGCUCUGGGAGCCCCAGGACUCCGCCCAGCUGGAGAGACGGGUCGUGUGGCUGCUGAGGAGGGCGGAGAGACGGAGGCUGCGCAGCGGCCUCGCCCUCUGGGCCGCCCGAGCCCGCCAGAACCUCGCCGUCCGCCUCUACCACCGCCGGGCCAUCCUCGCCAGGGUGUUUGUUGCCUGGGAGACAUGGGUGUGGCUAGACCGGGAGAGGAGGCUGCUGGUUCUCCAGCGGCUGAGGUGUGGACUGUGCAGGGUCGCGCUGGAUCGCUGGGGGCUCCACACGCAGCAGCAGCAGGAGGUCCGGAGGAGGAGAGCGAACAGACUGGUGCUGCAGGCCAAAGAGAUCCUGCAGCGCUGGAGCUCAUAUGCGCAGAGCAGGAGUAGGCUUCGGCGGCUGCAGUGUGAACACGUGGAGAGGAAGAGGAGGAGGAUGAAGAGGACAGCUCUGCUGAGCUGGGCUGAGGGCGCAGAGAGACUGAGGAGAGCUGAUAUCUCAGCGCAGAAGUCUCUGAAGAUCAGGUACCUGCGGCAGUGGCACCGCUGGGCCCGGUGUGGGGCGAGGGCCGGGCGUGCGGUAGAAGUUCUGGAGACGGAGAGGACACGGCGGACGCUGUGGGGCGCUUUCGUCCUGUGGGGAGAGCGCUGGCGGAGCGCGGAGCAGAGGCUGCUGGGAAGGGUGCGGACCGCGGCCUGUCACUGGAGGCAGAGGGCGCUGCAGAGCAGGGCGGAGGCUCACCGCGUCGCCCGGCUGACCAGCCGCGCCCUCCUGCGCUGGAGACACGCCCAGGCCCGCCGGGGAGAGAGGAGGAGGCGCGUCCGGGGCGUGGCGUGGGAGUGGCUGCGGAGGGCCCGUCGGAGCCUCUCCCGCCAGCAGGAGGCGCUGGCCUUCCGGCAGCGGGGCCUCAGGAGCGGCCUGGCGGCGAGCUUCAGGCGCUGGGCCGCGGCGUACCGCUGGUCCCUGGCCAGCGCCUCCUUCCAGGCCCAGCUUCAGCGCAGGAGAGUCCUGCUGGUCUGGCGCAGGCUGACCGUGGUGACCCUGACGUGCAGGAGCGUGGUGGCCCGCUUCCAGGCCUGCCGCCAGGAGAGGCUGACGGCGUCCUGCUUCUCCCGGUGGCGCAUGGCGCUGCGGCGGGCUCAGUGCAGGCUGCUCGUACUGGAGCAGAGCCUCAGCGGGAAGCACCAGCAAGCCACACUGGCUGUCAUGCAGCGCUGGACAACAGCCACUAGAGGGCGGGUGAUGCAAAGAAAUCGCAACAAAUCUCAGCUGCAGAAGCUGUUCGGCUGCUGGAAGGAGAAGACGGAGGUGAUAAAAGCUGCGGAUGCCUUGUGUGUGAAGAGCGGCAGGAGAGCAGCACAGAGCCUGUUAGGGGUGUGGUUGCGCUGGGCUAAAGAGAAUAAAGCUCGGAGACAGAUGGGCGAGGCAGUGUGGCUGUGGGUUCGAGGCAGGAGAGUAUCCAGCACCUUCUACCAGUGGGUCAGAGUGUCCCACCAGAAUAAAGAGGCCUCCCAGCUGAGCUGCACCCUCCUACUGCACAGGUGUCUUUAUGAGUGGCGGCUGGCUGUGGAGACACAGCGGCAGAUGUUACGUACUGUGGACGAACGGGUGCACACCCUGCAGUUAUACGCUUCCUUCACCACCUGGAGGAAACGCACGCUAUCCCAGCAUGCCUUGCGCAUCAACAUACAGCAGGCAAACGCUAGACGGGAGAGGAGACUGCUGUCUGCAUCACUUAGGGCAUGGCAUCUGCAGGUUGAGGCCCAGAAGUGCCGCUCCCUCCACCUUUCAAAGAAGUACCUCUCCCUCUGGGUUCAGAAGAUGCUUGUAGCGCGCAGUACGAAACAGAGAGAGGUGAAAGGAAGUGAGCUGGAGGAGUCCAGGCUCAGUCAGAAGUACCUGAGGAGGUGGCGGCAGCUGGUCUUGGAGCGGAGGAUCGCGAGGAGACGCGCUCAGCUCCUCUGGACCUCCUGGAGGAGCCAGGCGGCAGCUGCGGUCUUCUUCAGACACAUGUCUGUGCGCAGGCUUCAGGAACGGGCGUGGCUGACCUGGAGGAAGAGGCGGAUCAGGACCGGGGUGUCCUUGACCUUCGAGGCCCAGCAGAACAGAGCACUCCUAGCCCAGGUCAGAGGCUUUCCGCCUCUGGAGGGGCCGCAUCCUUUGACCCACAUCGCGGGGGAGUGUGGCCGCUGGACUCUGACAGCCGGGCGGUGGAACGAGAAGCUGGACAGCUAGACCGGCCAUUCCCCCAAAACCGCCCCCGGGGUCAAGUAAUGUCUCAACUGCUUUAACUCUUCAGCUGCCGGUACAUUUUGAGAAUAUUCCUGAAGAUCCCUGAGAAUUUUCAACAGAAAAAUGUCGAUAACCAAAACAUACGGCCAUAUGACAUAAAUUUGUUGUGAAUUAUUGGAAGAAAUAGGUGCUUUUGCCUCAUACAUAACUCCCUAAGCUAUAGGCUGCCAUAUAUCUUUUCAGUGUUAGCUCUUUUUGUUCUGAUUCACGUUUUUUUAAACUGGUAAUGACAUGUUUUUAGUAUUUACAUUGCUUCUGGGUGGGAUUAAAUUAUUUUAUUUGGUUCUGAAGUUUAC